GCCUGAUGUGUACUAUGAUUUGAAGGUGAGAAUUAUUUUAGUGAUCCCACAAAAUCCAACAACUUUUGUCUUCGGUAUCAGACCUGACUGUAUCCAGCAUGAAGCUAAUUUUGGUGCCGCUAUUACUAGCUGUGAGCUCAGUUAGAAGUGUCCCUAGAGAAACAAUCACAGACCCAACAACUUCUCCACCGACAGCCACUGAGAUUUUACAGAUUUACGACUACAUAGUUGAAAUAGGUUUCAACUUGAUUGAAGACAGAGUUCCAGAGUACCUAGUUAACAUAUUAUAUGAACAAACACCAAACGUAUUAAUCACAACAGACGACAUUCUCACUUUGUAUGGACUGAAAACUGUUGAUCGUAUUACCACCUUGGAUUUCUUGAGGCAGCUAAACAUUUCAGUUGAAAAUGUGUUCAGUUUGGAUGGUUUAGACAAAUUCCUGACAGAACUGAGGAUAGACUUCAAAGAGUUUUACAAUAGAGUUAUCAUAAACAGACUGAACAUCACAGGAAAUCCAUUAAGAGAUGUUCUGAUAGCUCUCAAUAUAAACAUUAAUAAUUUCUCUAUGGGCAUGGCAUAUGGAGAUCCAGAUCCGUACGAGGAAUUUAAAAAAGGCAACUAUACUUACGAAGCUGUCGUAUCUGCCCUUGAGAAAGCGAAUAGGACGUUAGACGAUCUUUUUAUAGCUUGUAGAGAUGAGUUCGUGACCAAAGCUAUAUCAAUUGAUUCUAACGGUAUCAUAGAUAGUCUUGUGAAAUAUAAUUUUAAUAAAAACAGAGCGUUAAAUUUGUGGAGAAUCCUGGGGAUUACUAUGGAGGAUGUAUUCAGAGUUCCAGGGUUUAAACAACUGUUGGAUGAUUUGAAAAGUGAGUUAAAUAAAGAACCAUGUCUGGGUGUUCUCACAGCAGCCAACACUAUCACGAUCAACAAAAAAGUUUACAAUACUUGGAGUGAUGAUGAAGACCUAGUGCAGCCAUUUGCUGAGUCUAUUAGUAGCAGAUCUAUAUUACAAAUAGUAGACAAAGUUGAUACAGAAUUGGACAACAUCAUCCUUUUGAAAGUUACAUCCUUAGAGUUGUACGCAGCAGACGUCAAGUAUAUAGAGCAAGGGAAAUCGGAUAGUGAUCUCCAGAACUGCAAGUUUGUCACUUUGAAUAAUGAAAGCAUUGUUGUCAGUGACGUAGCUAGGGCAGUUAACCAUGCAAGCUAUUUUAAUAUACCAAAAGGAAAUAUCACAAAUUUAAUACUUGGAAGUCCCUUAAUUUGCGAGAAUAAAGUGUACGGUUUAGCCAGAGAGAUGAGUGGGGAUGAAAUUGUUCUGGAUUCAUUUUCUGGUGUUGGCAAAUUAUUUUUAAAUAGUUAUUUAUUUAGUAUUGGGGUAACUGUGUACCUGAGUAUAUAUUGUUUGUAAAUAUGGAAUAAAGAGAAAGGUAAAAAGCUUUUUCGUGAAAUGUUUGACAUAUGACAUAAGAUUGUUAUAACAUAAGUUAUAAUAUAACAUAAAUAUGUUUCCGAUGCCUCAAAUUUUAAUGUGUAUAUAGUAAGUACAGUCUUCAUUAUUUUUUAAAAUCUUCGUUAAUUUAGUCAAGCUACUGUGUUCUUUUUGUAAUGUAUUUCUGCAUCUGUAAUUUAAAUAAAAAAUGGGUUUUAAUA